CUUAUUGAACUCACUCAUUGAGUGGAUAUAGAAAUCGUGGAAUGUUUGUAUAUGGAUAUAAAUAGUGAUAAUUCUUGUUGACAUUUGGAAUAUUUGCAUCAACCCGAAUAAUGUUACCUUCGGUACGGAAUUUAUCCUUAUUCAAUGGAACAUUGCGUGAUGACGAUGAUCAAAUGAGGGAAAAAUCUACAAAUUUUCCAACCGAAAAACGAACGCGAUCAUUUCCAAAUAUUCGAAAUCAAUUUGUCAUACACAUUUAUUAUCAUUUGAAUGAUGAUGAUAACAACGAAAUUUUGCAAGAAAUUCGCCAACAAUUUUCAGAAAAAUGGUUAAACUUUGAACAAGAAUCACAUAUUUCAUUAAUAUAUGGACAUUAUGCUGUACAAUAUCAUCAAAUUGAACCGUUAAUAUAUCAAUUAUCCGAAUUGAUUAAAUCAUUUGAAACAUUUUCACUUUAUCUGAAUGAAGCUCGAAUUCUGCCCAAUAGUGAUAAAAGUCGAUAUUUUUUAGCCAUUUGUCAAGUUAGUUCGGCCGAUUUUAUUGAUAAUGAAAUGGAUAGUGACAACAAUGAAACUAAUAGUUUAAAAAAACUCCAACCACCAUCACCGAAUCGUAUUCUAGUCAAAUCAAUACAUCAUAUUAUUCGAAAAUAUCGAUCCGAAAUCAUUCCGGUUGAUGAUGAUCAAAUUGAACAAUUUAUAUUUCAUACAAGUAUAGCUUGGUUUACACCUGAACAUCUUGAUGAAGCUCAAUGUAUUUGUGAUCGAUUGAAUAGGAAUUAUUUCAACGGCGAUGAUGAAGAUCGAAUCUUAUCCAUUCGAAUCAACCGUUUACAUUUAAAAAUUGGUCAUAUUUCUAGAAUUGUUAAUUUAUUGUGAAUUUAAUAUAAUUUCGUUUAUUACUAUUUUUUAAAUAUUCA